GGUGGAUCGGGGUUACCUUCUAUAGUCUACUAACACAGGAACAAAAAUUAGCAUAAUCACGAUUGUCCCUUAGUCACUAAGGGAAAGGCAUAUAUUAUCCUUGGUGAAGCUAGAGCUUGAGCCUGCGUUUUAACUAUUCUUUGCACCCAGGAGCGCAAACGGUAUUCAUUAAAGCACGAAAGAGCCAGUGAGAGAAAGGUAUAAUGCGGUCAAUCUUCAAUACCAAGGGCCUUCUGGCUGCAUGGAUCGGGCUAUCUACCACUGCCCAGCUGUGGCCCGGGGUGUCGGCUCAGUGGACAAUGCGGAACAUCGUGCUUGACUCAGUAUCUUGUGAUACCGCCGCUACAAACUAUCUCGCAAAAGCCAUCUACAACAUUCAGAGCAUGCUUUAUAGCACCAUAUCGGGCCUUUCGACAAUUAAAGACAACCUUGGUAAGGCGCGAGAGGACUUGGAGGCGGCCGACCGAGCCAAGCUAGAUCUUUUCAUGGCUAUGUACGGGAUAUUCGACCCUGUCGAUACGGACGCGAUUUCGACCGCGCAAACAACCGUUGACACAGUCGCCACUUUUGCGAACCAACUUCUUGGCGGUCUGGAAAACGACGCCCUUGAGAUCGGGGUCUGCUGUAAUAACGAUCACUUGAGAGAAAUCAAGGGGGUCUAUCCUGUCGUAUACCGCAGUACUGUCUACCCUGACAUGCUGCUUAUUCCUGCCGAGGACAAUUGCGACGGUAAUCUAAGAGCCAUGAUGCAGGAGACCACCACAUUCACGAGAGAUAUUAUGACUAUCUGCCCGGACUCUUUGCCUAUGACCAACCCAGACACAGAGUAUGAGGAAGCCUGGAUUGCUCACAUUGACCAAUAUGACACUGGCAGUUUGACCGGAAUUCAGGGUGAGUAUAUGGAUGAUAUUGUGGCCACUACCGGUGAGGUGACUCUGCUCCAUGAGCUGACACACACCGAGUCGUUCUUUGGCGCCAGCGGUGUUCUGGAGGAUAUGUUUACCUCCGAAGAGGAGAAUGCCUACCGAUGGGAGAAAUGCUUCGAUCUGGCGGACAACCCUGAGACCCGGGCGAAUGCGGUAAAAAAUGCUGAGACAUUCGCAUACUUCAGCGCCGGUAAGUAUGACUCUGUCUGUAUUGGCCUCAGGAAGAAGUGAAAGUGCUAAUUGGGAAAAUUGGUAUAGGUCUAUACUUGGAUCAGUGCAAUUGGCGGAAUGGAGAAUGCGAGAACCCGGAGGAUGUGGACUAAAAGCAUAGGGACUUUGAAGACUUGCCGCUGGAUUGGACAUAUUCAAUGCUGAUACUAGUAUGGCAGGGGCAGCAGUUAACUAACUAGUUAGUUAGUUAGUUGACUACAGUUGUAUUAGUCAGACGGACGGAACAAUAUCCGACAAGAUUAAAUUCAUCAUAUUUGCCCUUAAUUUUCGCC